AGCCCGGAGACUUGAAAUACUCUGAUGUCGUUAAGAUUAUGCAAGAUCAUGUGGAACCCAAGCCUUCGUUUAUGGCCGAGAGGUACCGUUUCCGGCUGCGGCGUCAGGGCGAGGAGGAAUCCGUGGCACAAUACCUCACGGAGCUCAAGAAAUUGUCGAAACAUUGUGAGUUCGAUACGUCAUUAGAGGACAAUCUCCGUGAUCAGUUUACGUGUGGAUUAAAAAACGACACUAUCAAACAACGCCUUUUUGCCGAGAAGAAUAUCUACUAUUCAAAAGCGGUAAGCCUUGCGCUAUCGUUAGAAGCGGCGGAGAGGGACGCAGCGACUGUAGAACGCCCGAGUGCGAGCGAGAGCAACGUUGCCAGAUCGGACAUGGCGUCCGUAAAUUCGAUCACACCGGGACCACGUGGCGGAAAUAAAGGCAAUAAUCCAAAUAACCGACAGAAUAACGGUGCCAGCAUCAGCAACAUGUCGAACAAUGGCUCCAAAUGUACAGUUUGUGGACGGGAAGGCCACCGUGAAGCGGAUUGCCGCUAUAGAAAUUUCACGUGCAGCAAGUGUGGGUGCGUGGGGCAUCUAAGGCGGGUGUGCCCGUCUUCGGGCGCAGCUAGCGGCCAGGGCGCUGCCAGGGGGCGCAGCUCGGGCGCGGGUGGUCGCGGCUCUCGGCGCGCCUUUCACCACGUCCAGGCGGCACAAUAUGAGACUCCAGGGGCCGACGACGACAAUUCGUCGGACACUGAAUUUGAAGAACAUUUGCAUCAUCUCUGUUUGAGCGACUACAGUGCGGUAAGCAUGUCUAUGCACGUAGACAACAUAAUGUAUAAGGAGCUAUUCAGCGGCGGGUUGGGGCGGUUUACGGGCGGCAAGGCGACUCUUCGCGUGAAGGAGGGCGCGGCACCGGUGUACUGUCGCGCGCGGCCGCUGCCGUACGCGCUGCGCGACCGGGUGGACCACGAGCUGGACGAGAUGCUGCGCAGCGGAGUCAUCGAGCCCGUCGACACUUCAGAGUGGGCCACGCCCCUAGUGCCGGUACGUAAAGCUGAUGGCGGAUUAAGGAUUUGUGCCGAUUACAAAAUAACACUUAACCCGAAUUUGCUGAUCGACAGAUGCGAGUUCGCGCGGGAUUUCUGGCGUGCUGACCCAACCCUGUGCCGUCGCCGGCGCGCGGCCGGGCACGGCGGCGGAGCGGCCGGUCGCCUAUGUCUCGCGCUCGCUUAA